UUUGUAGUCUAAAAAAUGAAAUAAACCUAAAAUCAUCUUUCUGAAAGAGAGAAGCUGAGAGUCUGGUAAGUAGGAGAGAAACAAAGUAAUACGCAAAUUCAAUUCAUCGGAAACAUCAUUGAGUACAAAAAUGGCGGUAUCCUGCUGGAUUACAUCAUCCCCUCUCCAAAAAUUUCCGCCAUUAUCAACAUCUUCCUUCCAACUUCAAACUUCAUAUCAUCAUCUUCGUCUUCAUAGUUGCAGCAGUUCUAUCAAUUUCCUUGCCGAACCCUUGCAUUGCAGUAACCGUGUUUUCCGGAAGCGAUUUCUCCGCCAUAGCCGCGACCUUCGUGUUCGCUGCAAUUCUGAAACUCCUAGUAAUCUUAGUGGAAGCUCCGAUUCUACUUCUAUCCAAGUUUACCGCGAUUUUGAGAGAUUGGUUACGGAAACAGUAAAACAGUCACAAGAUGCUUGGGGUGGAGCUAGCAACUGGAGUGAAGUUGAGGGAGCUUGGGUGUUGGGACCGACACACUCAAAACCAUGGUCAAUUGUACAUUUUAUUGGCGGUAUAUUUGUUGGAGCUGCUCCACAGCUUGCCUACCGUUCAUUUCUUGAACGCCUCUGUGAAAAGGGUAUAUUGGUGAUUGCGACACCAUAUGCUAGUGGAUUUGAUCAUUUUUCAAUUGCUGAUGAGGUGCAAUUUAAGUUUGACCGGUGUCUCCGGUCUCUACAGGAAACAGUUGGUGACCUUCCUACUUUUGGAAUUGGGCAUUCACUGGGCUCUGUUGUCCACCUAUUAAUUGGAUCAAGGUAUGCUGUGCAGCGUAAUGGGAAUGUAUUCAUGGCAUUCAAUAACAAGGACCCAAGCCAAGCUAUUCCAUUGUUUUCACCUAUUUUUCUCCCUAUGACUCAAAGAAUGGGGCCCCUUCUGUCACAGAUAGCAUCAUCAGAGACGGUGCGGCUUGGUGCGGAGACGACUCUUAAGCAGUUGGAGAACCUUAGCCCUCCCAUCAUGAAGCAAGUUCUUCCCUUGCUUGAGCAACUUCCACCGUUGUACAUGGACUUGGCUAAAGGAAGAGAGAACUUCAGUCCAAAACCUGAAGAGACUCGACGCCUUGUAAAAACGUACUAUGGCAUAAACAGGAAUCUUCUGAUAAAGUUCAAAGAUGAUAUGAUAGAUGAGACGUCGAUGCUGGCACAAGUGCUGACUGUUGAUUCUGCUAUUAGUUGUGAGCUGGACAUGUCCAUUCGUACAGUGACUGGCGACCAUGGUACACCUUUGCAGCAGGCUUUCCCCGAUGUUCCUCCUGCAAUGGCUGAUGCAGUGAAUCGUGGAAGUGAGCUUUUAUCGAAUUUGAUUGCUGGGACUCCAUGGGAGACAAUGGCUAAGGAUGUCAGCACAUCAUUGGGCAUUGACACUCAGAUUUUUCGUGCAGAGUCUUCAAAGGACUUGGAGAAUCUUGUUGAUGUUCUCAGUUCUUGGAUGUCCUCCAACACAGGCCCAAACCUAUUGAGGUGAGGUGAGGUGAUGACAUACAUUAUACUUCACAUAGGAUGCCAGCGAGUAAUAUACUUCGGAUAUUAUACCAAGUUCCGUGGCUAACAAACAAGUAAUUGAUGUAAAGAUAAACCUUGUAGUGCACAACGCAAAAUCGACAGAAUAUUGCAUAUAUGUAAAUAAAUUUCAAAUGCUGAUAUAUAUUAACAAAAAAAUGUUCAUAUCCAAAA